AGCCGUCCCAUCAUGCAGCGGGCCCUUGUCCAAGAUGGCGCUGCUGUGGGCGUCGUUACGGUGCGGUGUUUCCCUCCACAGGCGCCGGCUCGCUUUCCUCCUGCAGCCCGCCAGCUCGGCACACGUACUCUGGAGCUCCAGGCAUCGGACUAGGCGACGAGGCGAGACUGCACAAUGGUGGCAUUUUGUAGAUAAAAGGACAGACUGGCAUGGGCAUGCUGGUGGAGGCCUUCAUUCUGACCCCAAAAAUUUCAAAGAUAUUGAUGCAGGGAAAAUCCUCAAAGCAAUGCUGACGUAUGUUUGGCCAAAAGAUAGACCUGAUCUCCGUGGAAGGGUGGCUAUGUCGCUUGGUCUUUUAGGUGGAGCAAAGCUCACAAAUGUAAUGGUUCCUUUCAUGUUUAAAUAUGCAGUAGAUGAACUCAACCAAAUGUCAGGUAGUGUUUUGAACCUCAAUGAUGCAACCAAUACAGUCAUCACCAUGGCAACGACUGUUCUUAUUGGCUAUGGUGUUUCCAGGGUUUGUGCAGCUGCCUUCAAUGAGUUGAGGAAUGCUGUCUUUGGCAAAGUAGCUCAAAGUUCCAUCAGGCGAAUAGCUAAAAAUGUUUUCCUCCACCUGCACAACUUAGAUUUGGGCUUUCACCUCAGCAGACAGACAGGUGCACUCUCAAAAGCCAUAGACAGAGGAACAAGAGGAAUCAGUUUUGUGCUCAGCGCCUUAGUGUUUAACCUCGGCCCCACUACAUUUGAAGUACUGCUUGUUAGCAGCAUUUUGUACUUUAAAUGCGGUGGGUCAUUUGCAUUAAUAACCCUGGGGACUUUGGGUGCAUAUUCAGCUUUCACCAUUGGCAUUACUCAGUGGAGAACUCGGUUCCGAAUCAAAAUGAAUAAGUCUGACAAUGAUGCUGGCAAUGCUGCAAUAGAUUCUCUACUGAAUUAUGAAACUGUGAAGUAUUUCAAUAAUGAGAAGUAUGAGGCAGAGAGGUAUGAUGGAUUCUUGAAAUCUUAUGAAGAUGCGUCUCUGAAGACUACCUCAAGUCUUGCAAUAUUGAACUUUGGUCAGAAUCUUAUCUUCAGCCUUGGUUUGACUGGUAUCAUGUUACUUGCAAGUCAAAGAAUCUUGGAAGGUACACUGACAGUGGGAGAUCUGGUGAUGGUAAAUGGACUACUUUUCCAAUUGUCUCUUCCCUUAAACUUUCUGGGGACUGUGUAUAGAGAGACACGGCAGGCACUGAUAGACAUGAACACAUUGUUUACUUUGCUAAGCAUUGACACAAAGAUUAAGGAGGCACAAACAGCUCCACUACUUCAAGUUAUUCCUGAAAAUUCUACCAUCACUUUUGAUGAUGUUUACUUUGAAUAUCUGGAUGGCCAGAAGGUCCUUGAUGGAGUAUCAUUUGAAGUUCCUGCUGGGAAAAAGGUGGCAAUUGUAGGUGGUAGCGGUUCAGGAAAAAGUACAAUAGUGAGGUUGCUGUUCCGCUUCUAUGAACCUCAGAAAGGGAACAUAUAUGUGGCUGGCCAGAAUAUUAAAGAUGUCAGUUUGGAAAGCUUACGGAAGGCCAUUGGCAUUGUACCACAGGAUGCUGUUCUGUUCCACAACACAAUUUUCUAUAACCUUCAAUAUGGGAACAUCAAUGCAAAGGCAGAAGAAGUAUACCAUGUUGCUAAGAUUGCUGGCCUUCAUGACUCCAUUCUCAAAAUGCCACAUGGUUAUAACACUCAAGUUGGUGAACGUGGACUAAAGCUUUCUGGUGGAGAAAAACAAAGAGUGGCAAUUGCUAGGACAAUACUGAAAAACCCUUACAUUAUAUUGUAUGAUGAAGCUACGUCGUCAUUAGAUGCCAUAACUGAAGAGAAUAUUCUCAAUGCAAUGAGGGGCUUGAUUCAACAUCGUACAUCUGUGUUUAUUGCUCAUAGGCUUACUACAAUUGUUGAUGCAGAUGAAAUUCUGGUCCUGGAUAAGGGUAAAAUUGCAGAACGGGGAACCCAUUUGUCUCUCUUGAACAAUGCCAACAGUCUUUACUCUGAACUGUGGCACACACAAAAUAGCAGAGUGUUCAACAAAAAUUCCAGUAGACUAGAAGUAAAGAGAGAUGUGCCUUCCAAGGAAGAGGAAAGAAGAAAGUUAUCAGAAGAGAUUCUGAACAGUGUCAAAGGUUGUGGAAACUGCUCUUGUUAAAAAUAUUUUUAUCUAGUAUUUGGCAAUUUGCACUGGCAGAGUUGUUAGAUACCAAUGUAUAAAUAGACCAUUUUGAACAGCAAAAUGGGAGAAACUCCUUUUUAGUAAAGAUUUUUUUAUUUUCGUAAACAAAAUGGUCGAAAUAUUUUUGAUUGGUAACCCUGAUGCUGAGGGUCCUUUCAUGGAACAACAAGUUGAAAAUUGGUAUCAAAAAUCUAUCAAAUAAAUAUUCCAUUGCAGCAUCCAUGUAUUUUCUAUGUAUAAUUUUCAAGGAAUUGUACAUAAUGGGGGAUUUUCGUGCAUUACAGGUGUCUUUACUGAAUUUCUGUAAUGUAGUGCUGAACCAAUACUGUAUCAGUAUUGGCAUGGACCGCAUUUUAGGAAUAGUCAUGGGAAGCUAAAUUAGUGUUUGUUUUCACCUAUGACUAUGUUGGUAGUAACAUUAUAAUCCUUGAGAAAUAAAUUGUGUAAAUAUUUAGAGUUGGAUUCUGGUUUCAACAUACUGUAUUACCUAUUGUAAAAGUUUCCAAUUGGGCAGUCUACUAGAAUACAUAAUGAAAUAAGCUUGGGAAUAAGACACAGCUGAACAUUUUUUGGUCUUCAUAAACAAUAUUUACUAAUAAUGCACAUUUUGAACUUUGUUUACAGUCCUUUUAUUAUACAUCCAGAAUUAUUUAAAUAGCCCAUUGAUAACUUAUUAGUCAUUAAUUUGAGAUAAGAUGCCAGGGAACUUUCAGGGAAAGUUUACCAUUAUAAAGGCUGUGAAGGAAUUUGCCUUGGGUUAUCUCUUGAGCUGUUUAGCCUGUAUGUGUAUUUGUUAUGCUGUUGAUUAAAUAUCCUACAGUUCUGUAUAAAUUCCUUUUCAGUCAUCCACCUCUGCAUUUUGUUCUUCAUACUAAAUACCUGUCUCAGUUAUUUGAGAAUGAAGGUGGCACUGUGUGACAAGUUACAUAAUGAUAGGAUGUGAAUGCUAUCCUGCCACUAUUAGUACCUUCUGUAGUUUUUUUUUGUUUGGUUUGUCUUUGUUACCUGGUGGUGGGGUGGUGAAUGGAUUAAAUAACUGUAAUGAAACUGUUACUUCGUUUGGAUGUUUAACACUCACCAUCAUUUGCACAUUGUGAUACUAGUUUAUACAAAGCUUUUUAACAACUUCAAAUUUAUGAUAAUACCAAAAUGUCAGAGUGAUUUUUAUGAUCAUUUAGUCUGAUAUAGAACUGAUUCAGUUUUCAGUCUUGAAUUCAGUUGAUCUCGGAGUUCAACAGAGUAACCAAUUGAAUUAUACUUUAUUCAUGUUUCUACUUCCACAACAAGGUAUUGUACAAACUAUUUUAUUCUCUCUGAAACUAAAUGUAUUAUGUUUUUAACUUCUUGCAAUAGAUAAAGUAAAUGGGCCAGUUUCUCCGGCAGUAUACUCCCUAGGCGGUGGGAAAUAUUAAAUAGCACUGUGACUUUUUUUUUUGUUCCUGUUUUAAUCUUGGUGAUUAAAUGGUGAUCCAAAAUCACAUUUUUUUCUAUAAAAAGUUAUUUGAUUUGUGCCUUUUCUGUUUUUAUAUUAUGAAGUAUGCUGUUGCAUUAUUUGAUCCCAAUCGCUUCUCUUGCCCACUGUACUUAGUUAGCAUUGCUGAGUAUUGAAUUCCUGAAUGGUGCUGAGUGUACAAUGAGCCAAGUAGAACACAUUGGUGCUUAGAAUAACUGUGUGAAGGGGAUAGUCACCAAGUUCUGAAGUCUGCCUAUGACUGGAUGAAGCACGGGGAAAAGCAGUGUGUGUAUUUGUGAUCUACUCAACUUUGCUACUCCAAAUAAUAUGGACAACAACAUUUUAUUUUAUCUUUGAUUGUUUGAUUUCCAGUAGAUCUUUAAAGUAAAAUUGAAUAUACCUUAUUUCUUCUCUAUCUGUAUUCGACAAAUACCUUGCCCAAAAAAUAAAAAAAUUAACCAAAAUUAACUUAAUUCAAGAAUAAACUGUGCAACCCCUUUUCAUUUUUACAUUUGUAGACAAUGCAUUUAAUAUUAAAUUAUAUCUAAUAUUAAAACCAAUAGCACUGAUCCUGCUCAUUCCCUACCCCCACCCCAAUAAUGGAGGGACUUCCUCACCCAACAUGACCCUUCCCUGUCCAAUAAUGGAAGAGCACUAUAAUUAAAAAAAUUACUAUGGAACAAAGUAAUAUUAAUUUCAUUUGCAUCCAAACUUGAGCAACCUUUUGCAUUGUGAUUUAUUUAGGUGCAUAAGCCAUAAAUGUAUUGUGGAAUUAAAACAAAAAAUCCAUUCUGUAACUUUCCUCAUUCAUUUUAAAUGCAAUGUGGGAAAGGGUGUGCAUGCUGCUUAAAAUAACUGUAAAAGAAUCGUAUUCAAAUAUAAGCGUCCAUGUGCCAAUGUUUUCCCGGCAGAAUGUUGAGCUUGAUUUUUGCUUAAAGUACCAAGUAUUGAAUUGUUUGUUACUUAAAAGAUUUGUGCUGUUUUUAAACCUCUGGUUUUAAAAGAAAAUUAAACAAAUUCAUUUUUAAUGAAAUUAAGAUGGUUUUCAUUACCCCCAUGCUCUUCCCUCACACCUUAAAUAAAGCAUUAAGCAUUGCUGGAAUGUAA